CAAACCUGCACAACACACGCCAGCCCCAACGUCCGGAGACCUCUUCCACCUCGACUAAUUCCACCGUUAGUCGCUGUCGAACCCCCGACGACGUCAAUUGGACUUCUCCGGCGCGCACGCACACCCGCCUACCCGCCUCCCUUCCUCUUCUCCGCCUUCCCGAUUUCCCGCCGUCACACAUUGACAACAAUGGGUCUCUCAGAACUUUUCGCUGACUUCGUGAGCGCCGUCAGCUUCACGGAAGUCCAGGCUGAGGCACCGCCCACCGAAGAGGAGACUCCCGCCCCUCCUGCCCCGGAACCUGAGGAGGAAGACCCACCUGCCGAAGAGGCAGAAGAGGAAGAAGAAGAGGAGGAGGAAGAGGAGGAGCCUGAGGAUAUUCAGCCCAAGUUGGAGGCCGAAUGCGCAAACUCCAAGCAGUGCGCCCCAUAUAAACACCACUUCGAUGAGUGCGUUGAGCGGGUUACCCGGAAUGCCGAGGAUCCUGACUUCAAGGGACCCCAUGAAGACUGCGUCGAGGAGUUCUUCCAUCUCCAGCACUGCGCAACCCAGUGCGCAGCCCCCAAGCUCUGGGCCGCCCUCAAAUAGAUAUCCACCUACGGUCCAUCUACCUUCCUCCCUUCCGUCCAUCCGGGAAAUAUUCGAGCAACUCACCUAGAGGAUUACUUUCCGUUUUUGCGAAUUAUCCCCGAAUCGCAACGGUGAGCGUUCGCGAACAGAAGUUGGAUAUGACCCAACGCCUCAAUAUUUUCAAGAUGGACUGAUGAGAGAAGAUGAAAGUGUAUACAACUGGAGCCAAUGAAAAGAAAAGUUAGAAAAAGAGAGAUAUCAAUACGAAUAAUGCCAAAUCCCGCAACGGGCUCACUGCCUCCUUGUUUAGCCCGGCCUCUUUUGCGUGUGUAUCUAUCAAGUUGAGUGUGAUGUGUACGUGCAUGAUAUGGGGUAUCCUUUUAGAAGUCUUGUCUUCUUUCUUUGAUUUCCGUUGCCCUUUUUUUCUGGCAUUUCAUCAUUUUUGUUUUCAAUUCCGCCUAGACUCUCCCAAAUUAUGUACAGAUGUAAAACAAAAAAAAUUUGCAGCAUAGAAUGGUGGCUCAUCUUUUCUGUCAACUCUAUUUCCGAAUUAAAGAUGUUACUUCCAAGCAUACUGCCAGAGCAGAGGGAGCAUAGCGGUUUUGUUUUUGGCUGGUUUAGCAUCAUGUAUCAUUCUUGGUUUGAAAAUGGAUUGCUACUUUACUUGCAUG